UAGCAUUGGUCUUGAAAAUGGGUCCCGCCUUUAGGUGAAGAAUAGCAUGAAGGAUUUGAGUGUUAUACAAAGCUUUCCUGAAUGAGUUCCUAAAACAAAAAACAAACAAAAGAACCAAGUUGGGUUCUUUCACGCGUCUUCAACUACGGAACUAAUGCUAUCAUGCAAUGCGUCGUCGUAUUAUCAAACCAGCAUUCCACAUCCCCAUCAUCCACCGUCAACUUCAAAGUUCACCUGACGUCUAUGCUAAAGUCGUUGAGACGUGCGGUCGUGAUAGAGAGUUGCAUUUGGGAAGAGUCCUCCAUGCUCACCUGAUGAUCAACGGCUUGGCCCGUCUCACCCACUUUGCCACCAAGCUCAUUGCUUUCUACAUUGAUUGUGGCAGAACAGCCGACGCUCGAAAAGUGUUCGACAAAAUUCCCCAAACGAAUAUCCGCCGAUGGAUUGUCCUCACUGGGGCCUAUGCUCGACGUGGGUUUUACCAGCAGGCGCUGGUUCUGUUCUCAGAGAUGCAGAGUGAGGGUCUGAGGCCAAAUAUUUUCGUUAUUCCCAGCAUUCUCAAAGCUUGCGGUCACCUUUCUGACAUACGAACUGGCGAGAAACUACAUAAUGUGGUCCUCAAGUAUUCGUUUGAAUUCGAUGCUUUUGUCAGUAGCGCACUGAUUGAUAUGUAUGCAAAGAGUGGACAGGUAGAAAAGGCACGCCGGGUCUUUGAUAUGAUGGUGGAGAAAGAUUUGGUUGCGCUGAAUGCAAUGGUUUCGGGUUACGCUCAACAUGGAUUGCCUGAAAAAGCUUUAGCCUUGGCCCAAAAAAUGCAAUCAAUGGGAGUAAUUAAGCCUAAUUUAAUAACUUGGAACACUUUGGUUGCUGGGUUUUCUCAGAAGGGUAAUGAAGAAAUAGUCUGUGAACUUUUCAACCGGAUGCAAGUUAAUGGAGUUGAGCCUGAUGUUAUUUCUUGGACUUCAGUCAUAUCUGGGUUUGUGAAAAAUUUUCGAAACCAUGAAGCUUUCGAUACAUUUAAGAAAAUGUUGAAUCAUGGUUUCCGUCCAACUUCAGCAACGAUAAGUAGUCUCUUGCCUGCUUGUGCAGCAGCGGCAAAUGUAAGGCGUGGGAAGGAGAUUCAUGGGUAUGCCUUGGUGAUUGGAGUUGAAGAUGAUGUAUUUGUGAGGAGUGCUCUGGUUGACAUGUACACGAAAUGUGGAUUCAUAUAUGAAGGGAAGACAUUGUUUUGCAGGAUGUCUGAAAAGAACACAGUCACUUGGAAUUCAAUGAUUUUUGGUUAUGCCAAUCAUGGGUAUUGUAAUGAAGCAAUCGAGCUUUUCAACCUGAUGAGAAAGGAAGAUGAAAAGAAACUUGACCACCUAACUUUUACAGCAGUUCUCACUGCUUGUAGCCACGCCGGAAUGAUUGAACUUGGACAAAGUCUGUUCCAAUUGAUGCAGGAAACAUACAGGAUCAUACCGAGACUAGAGCAUUAUGCAUGCAUGGUAGAUCUUCUUGGUCGAGCAGGGAAACUUAUAGAGGCAUAUGAUAUGAUCAAGGCAAUGCCAAUUGAGCCAGAUCUGUUUGUUUGGGGAGCAUUACUCGGAGCAUGUAGGAAUCAUGGGAAUAUAGAUCUUGCUGAAGUUGCAACUAAGCAUUUGUUAGAACUAGAGCCGGGAAGUGCAGGAAACAAUUUGUUGUUGUCAAAUUUAUAUGCUGAUGCUGGCAGCUGGGGUAAUGUUGCAAGGCUGAAAAAGAUGAUGAAGAGAAGAAAACUAAAGAAAUUUCCAGGCUGCAGUUGGAUAGAAGUCAUCUGAUACAUUAGAAUGGGCACAAAAAAGAUUUCAAUGGUGCUUAUCAAAGUGCAGGAAGAAUUCCAGAUGUGUUCUGCUACUCGUAGCUUUUGUUCUUGAAUAUUAUCCCUUUGAAGUUUCUUGAAUAUCCCUUUGUAAUAUGUGCUGUCCCUUGCCGUUUUGAGUUUUCAUAAUAGAACCUUCAAAGAUAAUAGCACAACCUCAAGCUGCAACGUUUUGUCUACCCAAUCCUAGCAGGACAAUAUUUGGACUAUGACUGUUAUAGUUGGAGUUAGGCUGACAAAGUAAGAAACAAAGAAUGUGAAACUGGAGGGGUAAAUUUUUUAUGUUUAAACAGAUUUACAACAGAUGAAAUACUUCCUUGUGUAAGCUGUAUUUCAUGAAAAACAAGAAAUAGAAAGUAUGGAACAGAAUAAAUAUGUAGCAGAAGAUUGCCUUUAGUGUUAACGAUGAGAAGCUGUUAGAAGCAGGAUAAAACGGCUUACAAGAGAAUGUGAAGAGCUUUCAAAGAAAAGCAGCACUAGUUGGAUGGUAUACUGAACUGGCUAUUUAGAUCAUAUGACCUCUUAACAAGGUAGUCCAUUGGAAGUCUCAAUCCUAACAAUGGUGUGUAUUAUGGAAGACAUGCAAUUCUCAUACACAAGAAGUACAGUCCAUUUUGGUGUAAAGUCAGUUUGCUGGUUAACUACAAAUAAAAGAGGAUUAGGAUUAUUCUGAUGGUUUCCUAUUAAUAACUAAUAACGCAUUUAGAAGUUGUUUGGUUGCUUUCGCUCCUUGCUUAAAAUCUUAUACUUUCACUUCUUGCUUAAUAUCCCAUAUGAGUUCAUCGCCAUUUUAUCUCUUUCAUCUAGAUUGAAGAAGCUAUUGGCAACAGUGGCAAUGUCUAAAGACCAAAUUGCCCAGCCCCAAUAUCCAAAAAUUAAAAAUUAAAUUAAAUAAAUAAAAAUAUAGAGAAUGCUAACUGAAGACCAUCAUAUUGUCAUGCCACAUCACUGCUUCCCAGAAAACGAUUAGCUACGCAACAUGCAAAUUUAAAACCUAGCCAGAAUACAACCUCAUAUAACUUACCAUUGUCCCAAGCUUUGCUCACUCCUGUUUUGAAACAAAGCAUUAACCAAUGUAAAAGUUUGUCCUAAACCUUAAAGCAUGUCAGAACAGAACAUAUAUUACAGGAUUUCCAUCAUUGAGGACUCGCACCUUACACACUUCAAUGAAUAUGUUACAUGUAUGUCCUUUUCUGUGAAGAAUUCUAAAGGAAAGUGCAUAACCUUACGGUCCUGAAACACUUAAACAGAACCACGAAGUAAUGCUGCCUUUAUUUAGGUUAAACAAUCAGGUAUCGACCAUUACAAACUACUUUUCUGAAACCAUUAUAACAAAAGCCUCAGGCAGAAGAGUCCAGGCAAACUGUUAAAUACAUUAGGACUUGGGUAUAGAAGCCUUUUAUCCAAGUUCUUCAAUUCAUUUAUUUUCUGUAAUUCCUCUAUAUCCAGCCGGGUAGACCCAAUCAGCCUCUCUUGUCCUUCCAUGUCUUGUCACAACACAGAUAUGGUGAAUCCGCUAAUAACCAGUCCUAAAUAUUGAGCCUUCUAUAUUUUGAAAAGUUGGAAAGCAUUUCUCACCUG